AUGUGUGUGCUGGUGGCGCUGGUGCGGGGCGCCCCGCCGCCUAUGGACCCCGAAAUGGCGGAGUUAGCGCAAGCCGUGCGCGACUCUUGCUUGGCUGAGAGCGGCGUGGACAGGGCGCUGGUUGAGGGCGUCAAUGCAGGCGUGGCGCUGUCGCCCGACGCCGCGCUCAAGUGCUACAUAAAGUGUACCAUGGAAACGACGGGCAUGAUGGCUGACGGCGCAGUAGACGUGGAAGCCAUAUUGGCACUGUUGCCCGACGCGCUGCGCGACCGCUCCGCACCACACUUGCGCGCUUGCGGCACGCAGCCCGGCGUCGACCACUGCGACGUUGCCUACAAUACGCAAGUGUGCUGGCAGAAGGCUAACAAGGAUGACUACUUCCUCAUAUAGGCCCUGCGUGAUGCCCCCGCACCAUCGCCUGUAGCCCGUUUUCGUGAAUGCUUAUACAAUACUACCUCCGCUUUGUAAACAUACUUUAAUUAUUGUUGUAAAAAAUAUUUUUAAAUUAAAAACAUUUAAAACGCUCACAUCAUGUACAUAUUUGUAAUUUUAGUACUGCACUUAACUAAGUCAAGCAAUAAACUUCAUGAGCAUUUA